AUGCAAGAGCUUGCGCGGCAGUUUGAGCAGCAGGGCAUUCGGUGCUCAGGAGACGCUCCUCAGCGGCUAUGGUGCUCGUUUUGCACAACAUACCGGCAAGACUUAGCUAAAUUUAGUGUUCCUCACAGUGAACUGGAGGAAGGGGCUAGCGUGAAAGCGGAAGAAAAGACAGGGGUUGCCGAUGAAACAGCACGUGACGACUCAAGUUCUGGUCCCUCACCUUCAACCUCAGGUACUACUCGGGAUAGCCACCCAAGCACUCCUUCGUCUCCGCUUUGCAUACUAGAGGCCACUAAGGAGUCCGUUUUGGCCCACUGUGCGACACGCACCCACCUCUAUCUCUACGAGUACUAUGUGCAAAACGAAUUGCAGCACUGGUGCGCGGUCGAGUUGCAUGGGUACCGUAUGCUUCUCAGCCACCACUGUGUCUACCCUUCCCGCAUGUUCGGUGACGGUCGUCUCCUGAUGGAUACUUCGAUCUCCGGUGGGAUGCUGCUCGGCGUGGACAUCUGUGGUGGAGUGAAGCUGUGGCCGCAGCAUCAGUACACUGUCGUGGAACUGAUUCUUCCAUCGGCGCGCAGCGGGGUUCGAGAAGUGCUGGUUCCCCCGCUGUCCGUUUCUUGUGACGAGGAGGAGAACCAACGAGCGAAUGAAGCAGAGAGCGGCAAGCAGCGUGCAUCGUCUCCGCCGCCGCCAAGCCCGCCAGGGAGCCGCGUCGUUCGCGUUAUCCACGAGGCUUCGGAGAUCCCAGCGGAGGUGGCGAGCACCUACAAUAGUAACUUGAGUGAGUCGCGGCGGCGGGGUAGUAAAGCUACUCGAUCUCUCGAUCGAGGCCCCACUGGCGCAUCCGGCGGUCGCGUGAGCUCAAGCAUUGUGCCACGGUACUUCGAUGAGUUCCACAGACUGCGUAGCCAGCGAGUCAUGGAGGGGUCUCUCAAGACGGUACUGGAAGCCACCAACGCGUCCAUCAUUGGCGAGGCUCGCCUACGCAGGCAGCGCCGUCGCUACGCAGUGAAGCACAACCAUGUUGCUCUCGCCAAGGAGAAGACUGCGUCCGGUGGUUAG